UUCUUAUUACUAUUUGCUUUUCAAAAUACAUACAAAUUUGGGGAAUAUUUUGCAAAAAUAUAUUUUAAAAGGGUGAUUGGAAAAUUAAAACUAUAGAAUAUGGAGGUGCAUACCAAAGUGUUACUUGUAACAGCUAAUGUUGGUAGUUUGUUUGAAGAUCCAGAGGGACUUCUUCAGACAUGGUUACACGAAUUUCUUUCCAAGGUAUCGGACAUUCAACCACAAUUUUUAGCUUUGCACCUUCAAGAAGUGGGUGGAAAAACUUACGAGAAAUCAAUGGAGCACGUGCAAGAAUUUAUCAGAUGCUUGUGUGAUGCCAGUGUAAUGGCGGCUUAUUUCUCCGUUCAAGCAUAUAUGGAUGAAGAUUUUAAGUCUGCUGAACACUUUACGGCCCUUGGAAGUAUCUACUUCGCUCACGAAGACAUAGUGUCUUUGAAAAUAUGGAAUUUUACAACUCAUAGCUGGGAAGGCAAAACGCAAGAAGUUAAAGAUAAAAACAUAUAUUGCGGUAAUAUUGAAUCCAUUGCAACAAAGGAGAAGUCUAAAUUCCCGCAAAACUAUUUUCCGGAAUGUAAAUGGUCUCGGAAAGGUUUUAUGCGCACACGUUGGGAAAUUAAUGGUACUGUGAUCGAUCUAGUCAAUAUCCAUUUAUUUCAUGAUGCAUCCAAUUUGGCUGCAUGUGAAAAUUUUCCAUCAGUAUAUUGUAAAACAAGGAGAAGAGCAUUAGUUCAUACGAUUGAAAGAUUUCAUUCGGAUAAAGAGAAUUGUUCAGUACCAUACUUCCUAUUUGGCGAUUUCAAUUUUAGAUGCGAUACCGAAGGCGUCGUAAAAGAACUAACCAAAAACCUGAAUGCCUAUCGUUCGGAAAAUAGUAAAAAUGAAAACAAUAAAGUUCAUUAUCGAAAUUCCAUUGGAGACACCGUACUUACUAUAGGAAAGAAGGAAUUUAGCCAUGUCGAUCAUCAAUUGAAGUUUAAGGAAGAUUGGCUCAAGAAAUACGACAGAGAAUUGGAGCCAUUUAAGGAUAUUCUAGAGGAAUUUCCGAUACAUUUUGUUCCGUCUUAUCCUUUUGAAGAGGAUCCACAAAUGCCCACGGACUAUAUGUCAACUCGUUGUCCGGCGUGGUGUGAUCGAAUUUUAAUGUGUCCCCAAGUUAAGGAAAUUACCCAGAUUGAUGAUUCGAAAUAUGGCAUGAUUGGAGAAUCUGCGUGCAUGGGAGAUCACAAGCCUAUUUACUUAAGUGUCCGUCUAAAGCCAAACAAAGGUACUUGUAGAUCUUGUGUUUGCACAUAUAAACCGACUUAUGAAAAAAGCGAAAACAGCCCAACAUCACCUUUACCCGCAGUUAAAAAUACAGAUCCCUAUUCCAACAAAUUGUUUGGGGAAAUUGUGUGCGAAUGUAAAAACAUACCUAGCAGUACAAAUCUUACUAAUGUAACCGAUGUACGUAUUUUAUUCGACUCCCCAAAAGAAAUUCAAAGUGAAAAUAAUGUAAGAGCUACUCCCGCAAAUUCUCCGAAUAUAACUAUUAAUUUAAUUGACUCUGAUAAUAUCUGCGUGUGUCUGUAUGCACACUUAUCUAGUAAAAGCUUACAAUUUGACGAUCAAAGGAAAAGAACUGAUGCGAUAGAGUGCGUCAUGUGCCGGAGUAUAAGAAAAAUAAAGACAUCCGCGUACCAAAACAAUAUUUUUUCGGAGCACCUUUUGCUCGCCCAAGAUCGCCCAAUAAUCAGUCCUAUCGAUCAACUGCAUCUUCACACAGCUAUUGAAGAUCUGCAUGAUGGUCCAUAUACUCCAGAAAGCAAUGAGUCCCACUCACCUUAUGCGGAGACUACUAGCACAUGUACGUCAGUCUCAAACCGAAUUCUCAAUCCAUUUGAUCAUAGACUGUCACAAGACAGAUACUUAGAAAAUACUUCGGCUGACGGAAAGCCAGCAAUAACAAUCAAUGUUGACUCAGACAUAAAACCGAGAGGGGCUGUAACUCCUGACCAACUGAAGUCUAGGUUAGAAAAUUUGGAGAAGUUAUCAAAACGUUCUUUGGGGGGUGACGAAAAUUUUGUUCGGGAAGGUGAUGUUGAAAAUGUAAACGAGUGCUCCUCAAAUGAUAAUCCAUCUCGAAUAAGACGCACCUCGAUUGCUAUCCCUAUGUGUUGUAACAUUAAUUAACACCAGUUUGUUUUUAUAGUCAUUUUGUUUAAAAAAAAAAGUGUUCCAAGGUCAACUCUGCUUUUGGA